AGGUAUUCUUAAUCCUCCAAUGUGGCUAACACUUCUAAGGUGGCUAACAUGUAGCAUUACAAAGAACUAAGGAAGUCUGCCAGAAAGACUAAUUUCUGACUCUAUAUGUGAUCAUUUUAACACCAAAUUUCCUUCUUGUAGUUCGGUACGACCUAUAGAGUGGAAACUACGUUACAUACUGUAGUUCGAGCAGCUUUAUUUUGUUGCUGUGCACAAAGAAUUGAGACACAAAAAAACCCCAAAAUACUGAUUUGUCCUGUAAAAUGUAAAGGAAGAUCUUACACUUGAACAGAAAACUGAUCAAAUCCACCAUAUCUAGAUUAAAAAAAACAAAAAACAUCUUCUCAAAAGGUUUUUUUCUUCUUUAACAUGACAAAUUAAAAUGAAAACAAGUAAAUACCUGUGCUACAAAACUUUACAUGACAACUUAUGUUCAUUUUCAGUGCUGUCAGGUCACAUCCAGCAUUCAAUCUACUGGUAAAACAAAGAAGAGCCGGACAGGACUGCAGUCCUCCCACAUAUAUGCAGCUUCCCCCCCCUUAGAGUGUAAUGCUACACCGGAGGCCGCCUUGUGGCUCCUCAGAGAAUCUUUUUUUUUUUUUCCCUUUGUCUCCGUCUUCACACUCAGUGGGAUGAGAGGGUGAAAAAGAAGGGAGGGAGAAAGUGAGAGGAGGAGGAGAAGGAGAGCCACUCUUCCUCAGCGCGCCAGUCCAAGCUCCAAAGGCAGCCAGGCCGAUAUUCUUGGCGUGGAUGCAGCAGCGCUCAUGACAGGAUUAGGAGCCUGGGACACAGGACCAACUGGAGAUCUGCAGGUUCUACUGGAAGAACCCCAGACAGAUUCUCACCCGUUCCGGGUUUGACCAGCCUCCUGUGUCCCUUCACUUCAACCCUCCGGAAGCCUCUUUCUCCACCCCCUCAUCAUGCGCGUCAUCACCUCCCUCCUGCUGCUGAUGCUCAUCUGCUCGGCUGAACCCCGGAAAGGCCCGCGGUCAAAGGAUGGGGAGAGGGGCCCAGCAGGCAAACUGAAGGGGAAAGUGCGGGGCAGAAGCAGAGCUGGGGUCAUGAGGCGUCAAACUCAGGAGUGUACGGAAUACACGGAGGCGGGGGAGAAGUACCUGGACUGCCAGGGCAGGCAGCUGUCCUCUGUGAUGCCGAAUUGGCCCAGAGAUAUUCAACACCUCCUACUCGCUAGAAACAAGUUUAAGGUUUUGAGGGACAACAUGUUUGCCAACUUCCCUCAGCUAAGGACCUUGGAUCUCCAGCAAAACGCCAUCUUCAUGGUGGAGGAUAACGCCUUCAGUGGCCUCUCUAAACUCAAGACCCUGCUCCUCCAGCACAACAACCUGAAAUCUGUCUCCGAGGAGGUCCUGCUCCCCAUGCCACAGCUCAACUACCUCCGUAUCUACGACAACCCCUGGAGCUGCCAAUGUCCUCUGGACAGUCUGGUCAGGACCCUGCAGGUGCCUAGCAACCGCAACCUGGGAAACUACGCAAAGUGUGCAGAGCCGGCUUCGCUGAAGGGCAAGAAGUUGAAAAUGCUUAAGGUGGAUCUGCUGUGUGCAGAGGACGCUCAAGUGGAGGGCGGAGAAGAUCCACUAGAGAAGCUCCCAUCAAUAAAAAAGAAGCCGGAGGCCAUGUCCUUGUGCAGAGCGCAGUACUUUCCGCAGCCUCGGAUGGACUGCAGCAACAAAAAUCUGAGCCACAUCCCCUCUGAGAUGCCGCCGGAAAUGCAUAAGAUCGAUCUGUCCAAGAAUGGCAUCAAACAUCUCAGGCCCAAACAGUUCCUGCUGUCCAAAGACCUCAAGGUGCUCAAUCUCAGCAGCAACAACCUGCAGCAAAUAGACCCAGCUGCUUUCUCAGGCCUGCUGUACCUCCACGACCUCGACCUGUCCAACAACAGCCUCAGGUACUUCCAGUACGGCGUGCUGGAGGACCUCUACUUCCUGCGGACGCUCCUGCUCGACAACAACCCGUGGACCUGCGACUACAACAUCCACUACCUGGUCUACUGGCUCAAGCUCCAUCCCGGCGUCUCCUACAGGGGCCUCCUUUGCUCCCAUCCACCAGAGUUCAGGGGCUGGCGGGUGGAAGACUACGUCAAGACCUACAACGGGGAAUGUCCCAUCGAUAAACAGACAGACGGCAUCGACAAUGAAGCGGCAGAGUACGGAGGGUCCGAAAACGAGGUUCAGGGGGUGAUGGGGGAAAUGGCCGAGGGGCAAGGCGAAUUUCUACCACAGCCUAUAAAGAAGAAAGAGCCCAGCCCAUUUGAAAUCAUCCGGUUGAGUUAGAGUGGUCAGGUGUUGAAGUUCACAUGCUGAAAAUGCUCUUGAAAAGGUUCAUUCUGGCAUUUUAUGUUCGUGAAAUGUCACGUUUGAUCAUAUUUAUACGAUAAAAACAUGGAUCUUUCCCGUCUUGAAUAUGAGGUAGGAAUAACUUUAGUUGAAAGUAAUAGUUUUUUUCUAAAAAUGGCUACGCUGUUAUAGAAUGUUGCAUAAAGCACAAGAGGAUACGUUAUUUUUCCUUUUUUUUUCAAGACUAUUCCCAGUCCUGUCUGUUUACAUAUUUAACUACUUUUAUUUCAAUUUUUUUCCUCUGAGUACGUGGAGAUACGUAGAAGAUGACGUACUCUAUUUUUUUUAAAAUGUGCCGUAUUUUCCGCACUAAAGGACGCACCAUCUGUUUGAACUUAUGUCAUACAUGAGUCACACCAAACUAUAAGCGGGACAAAAUAGUCAAAGAUAAGUCAGAAGUUAUUACCUGCUUUCAUAGUAACUCUGGAACAUGAUGCUACACGUUAGCCACGUUAGCAUGGUUACAGUAUCAAUAACUUUUUUUCUAACACUAAAAAACAGGUGGAUACACAUAAAACAAACGUUACUGUGAAUACGCUAGUAAACAGCCCUGUUAGUAACACGUAAAACAAACACAAUCUGACACUGCUUAAGUUAGCCGCAUUAGCGUAGUCAUAAUAACACCCAACGUUUGUGACAUGUAAAAUAACCAGACUGACACCGCUAAAACAAAAGUUAUUGUGUCUACUAUAACUCCCAAUCUUGUUAGUGACACAUAAAUAAGAACAGUACGACACAACUACCUGUUAGCCACGUAUAAACAAUUCCUGUAACUCUUGUUGGUAACAUGUCAACAGUACAUUAGCAUAUUGACAAUAACACCCAACUUAGUUUGUAACACGAAAAUAAAUAAUUAAAUAAAUAGGUAAAUAAAACUCCUAACUUUGUGUGCAACGCAUAAAAAUCCGACUGAUACUGUCAAAAAAAACAUUAGGCUACUGUUACAGCGCCAACCUUGUUAUUAAAAACGCUGACAAUAUACGUUAGCCAUAUUAGCCUUUUAGCAUUAACACGUUUGUAACACAUAAAAAACAGACUGAUAUCCCUAAAACUGUUAUUACUGUGACUAUGCAAAUUCACAACCUUGUUAGCAACAAGUAAAAGAAGUUUGAUCCAACACUGCUACACAAUAGCUACACAAUAGCCAAUAAUCAUUAGCAUAGUCACAAUACCUCUAACUCCUAACCUUGUUAGCAACACGUUGCUGUGACGAUGUUAAAUCCUAACCUUGUUAAAAACACAUGAAAAAACUCAGUUGCGUUAGCCACAUCAGCUCAAUAAAAAUAACUCACAACUUUGUUUGUAACAUGUCAGAAACAAACCGCUACUUGUAAGGCAAACAUUGCUGUGACUACGCUAACUCCCUACCUUGUUAGUGACCUGAAAAAUCUCAGUCCGACACCACUAUAGUUAGCUACAUUAGCUUAUUAACAAUAACACCCCAUUUAAAAAAACGGACAGGUACCGCUAAAACAAACGUUACUGCAACUGUGCUAACUGGCAACCUUAUUAGUAACGUGAAAACAAAAUUCAGUCACUGCUACACGUUAGCUACAUUAGCGUGUUCACAAUAACACAAAAGUUUUGACAGAGCGCCGUUUACCUCUCAAAAUCACGUCAACAUUAGUCAACGUAAGCAAAAUGAAUCCUUAUAGAAGGUGCUCCAGGUUUUAGGGUGUCAUUUUUUGAGGGAAAAAAA